UUCUCUUUACAGAGCAACAAUUAUUAGUUUUUUUGCUUCAAGAAUCAACAUAUAAAAUAACAUAUUACAAAACAACAUUAAUUGUAGCUGUUGUCAACAAUGGAAAGGUUGAAAUUUGAAUUCGUUGUAAAAUCGAAUGAAGACCCGAAAACAAAUGUAAUCUGCUUAACCUCUAUUAUGGACGCAGAUAAAAAUAUAUUCUUAUUUCCGGAACAAUUACAGCCUGUAAAACAACAUAACGAGUUAAUGAAAACUCAAACCUUUCAAAAAGUUAAAGCUACGCUACAAAAAAGACAUGAAAAAAGACAAGUAUGGAUUUCAUUAACACCAGAAUUACGGGAUACUUAUAUGGAUGAAGACGGAAAUAUGCAGUUCAAGGGAUAUUUACUAGAGGAGAUUACAACAAAAACACAACCGGUUUUUACGAAUGACACGUCAACAGAAACUCUUACAAAAAUCCUGGAAAAUUUCGCUGAAUUGAAAAAGGAAUCUAAACAGUCUAGUUUGAAAAAUUUAUCUGAGAAGUUCGUAAUAGAAAAAUUCACAAAAAAAACAUCAAGUGUAACGCAGUGGAUGAAUAUUUUUGAAGCUGAAUGUAUUCGUAUAGGUAUAAAUGAAGAUAUUCAAAAGAUACAAGUGUUUCGGUUAUUUUUGGAGGAUUCUUGUCAAGAUUGGUAUAACUCUAUGCUUAUAAAAUACACAAUAAACUCAGAAUGGGGUAUUUGGAAAAAAAAAAUUUGUGAAACGUAUGUGAACAAAGGCUGGUCACCAAUAAGGUAAUUUAUUAUAAUUUAUAAAUAAGAAUGUAGAAUCAAGUU